AUGGACAAUCAAAUUAAAGUUAUCAUUCGUUUUAAAUCCAUUUUAAAUUCAGAAGAGGAGUCUGUAAAUUUUCUUUAAUCUCAAGUCUCCAAAUUGGAUUAUUGAGGAAGAAGCAAUAACAUAUAAAAAUACAAAACAAGAUGAAAUAUUUGAAUUUGAUGUUAUUAUGCCUCCAAUGACAUUAUAAGAAGAGAUAUUCUAAACUAUAAUGUAACCUAAAAUCAGUUUUUUGUAAUUAACUAUAUUUGAAAUUUCUAGUUUACAAGGAUAUAAUAGUGCAGUUUUUGCAUAUGGUGCAACAUCAUCAGGCAAAACAUAUACAAUAUUAGGACCAGAAAGUACUAUAGAAUAAAUACUAAACAAUAAGUUUAAUAUUGAUACAAGUUCUGGAAUACUACCAAGAUCGUUUUAUCAAAUUGUUGAUGUAUUUUUCAUAUAGUAAUGCAGGGAUAUCAAAAAAUAAAACAAUAAGAAUCAUUAUAAUAAGUUACACUGAAAGUAAACUAUGUUGAAAUUUAUAACGAACAAAUUUAUGAUCUUUUAAAUUAACAAUAUAAAACUAACAACCAAAAACUUGAUCUUAAAGUAAUCAAUUUAGGAUUUCUUAGAUUAGUACUAUAGCUGAUGGUCCAAAACUAAUUGGAGUAAGAGAAGUUUAAGUAGAAACAGUCAAUGAUCUAAUGGAAUUAAUUGCAUUUGGUAGUUAUAAUAGAGCUAUUGGUGCAACUCAAUUUAAUUCUAGAUCAAGUAGAUCGCAUGUUAUUUUUACUAUUGAGUAUUUUAAUUUAUCUAAAAUAAUAGAUUGUUUGUUGAAUGGAAAGACAAAUCAUAAAGAACAUCUAAAAUUUAAUUUAUUGAUCUUGCUGGAAGUGAAAGAUUAGCUAAAACAGUUGCUAAAGGAUAAAUGUUAGAAGAAACUAAAAAAAUCAAUCAAUCAUUACAUUGUCUUGGACAUUGUAUUAUGGCUUUAUCAAGUAGAAAAAAUAAUAAACAUGUUCCUUAUAGAGAUUCUAAACUUACUUUAUUACUUAAAGAAUGUUUAGGUGGUAAUUCUAAUACUUCAUUUAUAUGUGCCGUUAGUGCAGCUUUAGAACAUGAAGAAAAAACUAUUUAAACUUUAAAAUUUGCUUAAAGAGCUAAAUUAAUACUUAAUAAAGUCAAAAUCAAUAUUAAACUUAGUUACGAAUAAAUUGAAAAAUAAAUGACGAUGCUUAAAUAAGAAUUAUCUAUUAUGGAAAAGAUUUUAUUAAUGAAUGUAUUCAUUUUAUUUAUUUUUAAGGGAAUCAAAUAUGAUAAAUAAAUUUUUAAAGAACAAAAUUUUUAACUUUAAAUUGAUUAAAAUAUGAAUAUAGAUGAAUUCACUGGAGAAUAUAGAAAAUCUUUAAAAAGAUCACUCUAUAAAUCAAAUAGUAAAUCAGAUAUUAAAGAAUAAUUUAGUUAUAGAUUUUAAUAGUAUUUAGAUUCUGAAAAUUCUAAACCUAAAUAAAAUUCUAGUCCUAAUUCUAAACGUAUUAGUUAAAGACCAUCAGGAGGUAAUUUUAGAAAAUAAUCAUUACCUUGUUCUUUAGAUGGAUCAGAUGUUGAACCUGAUGAAAAUGGAGAACAUUAUUUAAAUGAAGCAUAAUUAAUAUCUGCUUUGAAAUCUAUAAGUGAAACCCCAAGAGAAUUGUAAUAGUUUUUAAGUGGAAGAGCAUCUUAAAUUAAAUUAUAGACUUAGGAAUCCCAAUAUUAAUCAACUGCUACUAACUAAACUACAAAUAAUGAAUAAUUUCAAUAGUAAUCGAAAAAAAGAGAUAGUUGUUGCUAAGUCUUUUGA